GUUGGUGAAUUCAAUGAAAACAAGCACACGUUUAACAAGUUACUGGAUUUAAAAACUAAGCUAACGACAAAUAAUACAAAUAAAAAUGACUGAUUUAUAAAGACAAUUCACGCCGUACGAAAUACACUACAAUAUUCCAAAUAUGAUUUCGAACAGGCGACCAACAGGACGCUUGUAGUAUUCUAUUGUCGUCAGGCACCUUGUGAGACUUCUACUGCGGAAGGACCCCAGGAUGUCCAUGCUCGCCGAACCCCGCAGAAAACAAAAGUGGUCGACGGACCCGCGGAACAGUGCCUGGAGCAAUGACGACUCCAAGUUUGGCCAGAAGAUGCUGGAGCGCAUGGGCUGGUCCAAGGGCAAGGGCCUGGGCCGAAGCGAGCAAGGAGCCACCGAGCACGUCCAAGUCAAAGUGAAGAACAACUGCUACGGUCUGGGAGCCCACGGCAGCCAGGAGGAUAACUGGAUCGCACACCAGGAGGAUUUCAACGACCUCCUCGCUCAGCUCAACAACUGCCACGGCCAAAACAACAACAACAGCAGCAGCAGCGGCAAAGCUGAAAGUCCGCCAGAGGAGCAGAAGGGCUUCAGCCUGGAGGAGAAAUCCAAGACGUCCAAAAAGCGAGUCCAUUACAUGAAAUUCGCCAAAGGGAAGGACCUCUCUUCCCGAAGUGCGACGGACCUCAAUUGCAUCUUUGGGAAGAGAGCAAAGUCUGCCGCACAUCCAGAGCAGGAGAGCGCCGAGAGCCCGACCGACGAGAGCCCGACCGCCGCCGCCGCCGCCGCUCGCGAACUCGACACGGAGUCCAUCGCCAAGACGGUGACCAGCACGCUCACCACGCAGGAGUACUUUGCGCAGAGGAUGGCCCGGCUGAAGACGGCCCGCCGGCAGGUCGCCGCUGACGCGCGCGAGUCGGAAGAGCCCGAGCAGAAGAAGAAGAAGAAGAAGGCGGACACGGUGAGCGGUCUGGAACGAGCCGCCGAGCCCUCGAAGAAGAGACCAAACGAGGACGCUGCGAAGGAAAACUUGGCUGAGGAGAAGCGCAGUGAGGAGCGGAAGAAGAAGAAGAAGAAGCCAAAAUACAAAACGGAGAUGCCGAGCGCAACGCCGGCGGUUGAACCUGAAGAGAAAUCUGGCGAGGAGCAAGAGCUUGUCGUGCACAAGAAAUCCAAAAAGCUCAAGAAAAAACAGCGAAGUUUGUGAGGAAUUGGGGUUGGGAAGAAAAAGUUUCCCCCCCCCAAAAAAAAAAAAAAAAAAAAAAAUCCGAUGACAUUUUC